AACAAGUUGUGAGUCCAAACAAGUUGUGAGUGCACAUCGGCACAUCUGUGUGGCUAUUUGAAUUUUGCUGGUCUUCUUCUUGCAUGUUUGUCCCUCCCACAUGCUUCUCUCUGUCCUUUGCCACCUCUUUGAUUCACUUCUCAGUUAUGUUGCGCAGACUCUACCGCCGCACCCGUGUCGGAUCCUCCAAAAAUGCACUACUUUUGGAGGAUCCGACACGCACUAAGCCACCCACUUACAUUUUCAGAGAAUCCGAGCAACAUAGCUUCUCAGUUCCGAGUUCUUUUUCUCAACCUAAAUUUAAGCUUUUACUCGCAGCGCAGCAUCAAGUCAAUGGAACACGGUUCAUUUGAAGAUCCAUCAAAAGCGACAUUCUCGUUCACAGAUGAGGACCAUACGCUGGCAAAUGCUGUCCGAUUCACUCUAAAUCAAGAUCCCAGAGUAACAUUCUGUGGUUACAGCAUUCCACAUCCCUCUGAUGCUCGUGUAAACAUAAGAGUUCAGACUACUGGGGAUCCAGCAAGGGAGGUAUUGAACGAUUCGUGUCAGGAUCUAAUGCUUAUCUGCCAGCACGUUAGAGGCACAUUUGAUCAGGCUAUUUCAAAGUUUAAAACCGAAAAAGGUUUGAGCCCUAUGGAUCUCAAGAAAUGAUUUUGACGUAACGUUUAUUUAACCUUUUUAUCCAUGUAAAAUUUUGUCACUUUUUGCAAACACAAGGAGACUUUUAAAUGUGAUUGCUCUAUUUAUUUUGUGCAUAUAUGCACAAAAAGUUACUUUUUGCAGAAUCAUUUUAUCCCGUAAAGAUGUUACAUCAGAUUGUUAGCUAUAAUGCUUAUGCUUUUGUUGCGCAUCAGAUUGUUAGCUAUAAUGCUUAUGCUUUUGUUGCGCACAGUCAACUGUCAAUUGGGUGGUCUUCUUAUCUAUGGCUGUGCAAAUAUCAGCAAGUUGAGGUUCA